UGCGCAUGCUUUCUUAGUUUGGGUGCUGGCUGUUACAUUGAGGGAGAAGGAGAGCAGGGCCAGCUGCAGGCUGGGGACAGAAGACAUCUCAACUGAAUAGGAUCUUACACCCCGUGUCGAACAACGAUCUGUUCUGGACAAAAUUACGGGUGUAUCACCAUGUUAAGGAGGAAAAUCCCAGCCAUUGAUAGCAGAGGACGGAUGACAUGCGUUUUCCUAGACUAUGCACGCCUGUCAGUUCGUAAACAGGCAAUCUGCUCACGUGAUGUUCUGCGCUUGCAACACUGCAAUGCGCUCUCCCCGGCACCGCUCUCUCGAGCUUCCGCCAGCGGCAAACAAACGCGUUGCCGAGACCGUACGGUGACGUCACUGGUCGAUGGUGGGCGGGGCUGUACAGUCUUGGGGCUCUGCGGUCCGUGCAGCGUGGCGCCGGCGCGCGCGAAGCCUGGCAAGGGGCCCGAGUGCCGGUGAGGUGGUAUCAGCGGAAGGCGCUGCUUCAACCGUUUUAUCUCACUGCAAGCUGGCUAACUGGCCUUGUUCUUGGGCCUGUUCGGAGCUGUAGGCCUGCUUCAAGCGACGCUGCCUGACUGCGCCUCUGCCGGCCGUCCGGCCGCGCCCGCCGCUGCCGGGCUGUUGGACGUGCCCCGCACCCGAUAGGCCGAUGCCCCGGUAUGGGGCAGUGCUGCGGCCGGUGCUGCGCCGCUGAGCCCGAGUGUGACUGCUGCGGCUGGCGUCGGCGCGCCAUGGGCUACUCGGGCGCAGCGCUGCUGGCCUCGGCCACGGUGCCUGCCGGCGAGGACGAGAGCGGCCGGCGGACUCUGGCUCUUCCCCUACACGAAUGCCUACCAUGGAAGCUUGCGAACUCGAAAUGCAUCUGUGUUCGUGGCUACAUACCCGAAAAGCCUUACAGGUGGUCGGUGAACCUGAUGAACGGUGGACUGGACGGGGACAUCGCUCUGCACAUCAACCCUCGCCACGACUUGGGCCACGUCGUCAGGAACUCAAGACUGAGCGGCGCCUGGGGGCGGGAGGAGCUGUGCGCCACGCCGCCCCUGCCGUUCGCGCCCGGCCAGGACUUCGAGCUGGUGAUCUUCUGCACGGAGAGCUGCUAUCUGAUGUCGGUCAAUGGCCGUCACCUGGCGUCGUUCGCGACCCGCUCGGCGCUCUCGGCCGUGCGCACGCUGCACGUGGAUGGCACGGUCCAGCUGACCGGGAUCGAGUACUCGGACGGCGUGAAGCAGUACCCGCCGCUGCCGGCGCCGGCGCUGGCGCUGGCCGACCGGCCUGGCGGCGGCUACCACGCCGACAAGCCGCUGUUCCCGUGCCGUCUGCCCGAGCCGAUGCAGGAGGGAGGCGUUAUUCAGCUGACGGGACGAGUCCGCCUCCUGCCCUUCUCGUUUUUCGUGAACCUGCUGCACGGCAGCCAGCUGUUCCCGGAGCCGGACAUUCUGCUGCACUUCAACCCGCGCUUCCAGGUGCUGGACUGUUUUGAGGUGAUCGUGGCCAAUUCGCGAGUGGCCGGCUGGGGUAAGGAGCAGAUCGUCCAGGACUUCCCGUUCCGGGCAGGACGACACUUCGUCAUCAGGAUUGUCUGCCAGCCAGGAUCCUGGGACGUGUUCGUCGAUGGGCGACUUCUUCUGAAGUUUCCGCACCGGCUCUCCAAGAGCCUGCUGGACGCCGUGGAAGUCCGGGGCGACGUCAUCGUGGAGUCGGUGCAUUUCGAACCCAAUUCCAAGGAUCUCAUUCAGUUCUAGGACUGGACUGCUUACAGCUGGUCACGCAAAUGCCGAUUUUCUGUCCACG